AUGGUUGGUCGAUGUGGUUUAUGUUACUAAACCCUGCAUCAGUUUUCAAGUUUUUAGAAACUAGAUGUAUCUUCAGCUAUUAAUUACUGAACUGAUUUGUUCCAAACAUGGUAGUCAAUAAUCUUUUGUUAUUACUAAUGAUAAAUUAUAUUUUUAUGAUUGCCCUUGCUCGUACAUAGUAAAGCGAAGUACUAAUGUCAGUAAAUGUACACACACUAGAUAGUUGUUAUUUAGCUUUCUGUUCUAAACAAAUGACUACUAGAUUGGGUUUAAUUUCCAGGCAAUAGCGAGUCAAGGUGAACAUUACUGUAUAAUGAAUUGUUUUUGUUUUUGCACAGGUUGUUGGUUUGGGUAAUCUUUCCCUUCCUGACACCCGCCACAGUGUUGGAAUGCUUGUAGUUGACUCUCUUGCCAAGUAUUUGGGAACUUCUUGGCAUUUCAGUAGGCAAUCUUUGGGUUACGUAGCAGUGACAAAAGUUGGUCACCUAGAAAUUAUACUACUGAAACCUUCUGUUGCAAUGAACUUGAAUGGAAGGAGCAUUUCAAAAGCAGGUACCCUGGCUGUUAGAUUAUUCUCUAACUUAUGACAUGACUUUUGUGGUACUUAUUUAAUAUUGGUGUUGGGAUAAAACUUGAUAUCAUCUCUAAGUUUACGCCUUACACCUAAGCUUCACUAUGCAUAUUCUCUACACUGUUCUCUAUAGAUUUCCAAAGGUACUGAUUAGGAGAAUUUGUUUAACAACCAAAGGCUUCUUUAGUUGAUGAUCAUUUUCAUUUAUUCUGGUUACUUUUGUGUGUGAUUCAGGGGUGAUAUUGUUGGAAAAAACUUGGUGCAAGUCACUCUUUGGGCCAAGGGGUUUAACCUCUUCUAUGAGAUUGGUGAGAAGAGGAGAUGCCAAGAUGAGUUUUUGAAAAAUUGUCAAGAGUUUGGCCCACACACAGGUCUGGCUGAUGGAAUGAGAUAGAAUGCAUAACUUUACGUUCUCAUUUUCGCAGUAGUCCUUGUAAAGAGUUGCAGGAUGUGGAGAGUUAGCUGAAGUUAUGAACCUGAUGAAUUUACUUGAAUAGUGAUACCACAAACUUGAUAACAUUUUUACAUGCCAUGGCAUGUAAUUCAUGUUACUGUUCCUUUCUUAUUCAGUCACAAUGUAUAAAGUGAACCCAUCUGAUGUUAUUCUUGUUCAUGAUGACCUUGACAGACUUGUAGGGAAGUACAGUUUAAAACAUGGAGGAAGUGCUGGGUGAGCUAUGUUAUACCAAGCACUACAUGUACUUCCGUACAACACUGAUGCACCUGCUUUUAUAGAGUAUAAGGCUGCCUAUCGAACUGGCCUGCUUAGUUAGCUACUAUAGCUUUAUGUAAUAUCAUGGGUUCCUAUAGCAUGAAGCUGGCAGUAAAAAUUGUUAAUCCUUAGUAAACUCUGAGUAGUAUUUUGACAAUUUGCCUCUACUUAAAUAUGUAAAUUUAGUUGUUAAAUGUUUUUGUGUUUUAAAUUUUUUCAAAUCAGUGCUAUUUUUAUUUCCCCUAGUUCAGACUGACUGAUAAUGAAAAUGAGACGAUGUUAAGCAAAAAUAAGCUGGUUUUAGCAAGAGAUUUAGACUAAGGAAUGGCAAUUUAACCCCAAUAUGACCAUGAGAGGCACAAUGAGAGAGCCUAUGUCUUAAAACACCAUGCCAUCAGGACCAUAUAAAGACUGUGGGAGGGCUAGCUAUAACUCCACUGCUUCUCCCACAACAUGUGGUAUGCGAAAUAAGAAAUUAUAGCUCAUGCACUAAAUGUCAUUUGUGACAAAUGCUAAACAAAGAUCAAACUCUGUUCGUCUGGAUGCAGAGUUUCGAUUCAUGUAUACAACAUUUUUUGCAGGGGUCAUAAUGGAGUAAGAUCAGCAAUUGCAUCUCUGCACUCUGAUGUGAGUUCCUGUGUUUUUCUUUUAUUCUUUAUUGUGAUUGUGGACAUUGGAAGAAGGGAAGAGGAUGAAAGCUCAGCUAUCAAAAAAAAAUUUUUCUCUCAUCAUCAUCAGACAUUAGAGAUCAGAGAUUUCCCUGGAUACUACAUAAAUUUCUCCACUUACAUUUCAGUGGCCCAGCCUAUUUUUUUUUAUUCAAAUAUACAGACAUUCAGUCCUGCUUUUGCAUUUCUUAACGAAAACCCAGCAUUACACCCUUGGCAUGGCUGACUUUUAAGCAGCGGUUCACUGAAAUCUUGUUACAAGACUGAGAUGAUGCAUGUCAUGUCUUGUUUGAUGUGCAUUUGUUUAUUUAUUUUUUAGAGCUUAAGGAGAGUUCGUGUAGGGAUAGGGAGACCAAGCAAGAGAGAUAACGUGACAGAAUAUGUCUUGAGCAAUUUUGAUCCAUCAGAGAUGCUUGUCAUGGAGAGAACAAUAGAACAAUGCUGUAAUAUACUCAUGAAGGAGCUUAAGUUAUUAAGAUCUUAGGAGAAUGUCCACUUUAGUGAAGUGCCAAGGGAAUAGUUUUUACAACAUAAUUCUGCAGUAUUUAUUUAGUUGCCUGUCUCCUAAAAUUCAAUCAUUAUAAAUAGCAUCUUUGACAAAGUUUAUUUCAGCAUUAAAAUUUCAACAU